AUGUCGCUGCCGCGUCGCCCGUUGGGUCGCACGGGUCUGGACCUCUCGAUCGUGAGUUUCGGUGCGUCGCCGUUGGGGAGCGUAUUCGAGGAGAUCGACGAGGAGGAGGGCGUGCGGGCCGUGCACGAGGCCGCUAAACUCGGAAUUAACCUCUUUGACGUCUCGCCGUUCUAUGGGUCAACAAGAGCUGAAACGGUGCUGGGUCGAGCGAUAGCCACUUUGCCGUGCUCGCGGGAGGAUGUGAUAGUCGCAACUAAAGUGGGCCGGUACGGGCAGGACGAAUUCGACUUCAGUGCGGAUCGGAUCAGAAAGAGCGUGGAGGAGAGCUGUGCGCGGCUGCAGACAACGUAUUUGGAUAUUGUUCAAUGCCAUGACAUUGAGUUCGGGAGUCUGGAUCAGAUCGUGAAUGAGACAAUCCCGGCCCUCCAGGAGCUGAAAGCGGCCGGCAAGAUUCGAUUCAUCGGCAUCACGGGCCUCCCUCUCUCCGUCUACCAAUCCAUUCUCCCCCGCCUCCCUCCCGCCUCGCUCGAUCUCAUCCUCUCCUACUGCCACUACUCACUCAACGACACGACGCUCGAGCCGCUGCUGCCGUGGCUGCAGCAGCAGGGCGUGGGGGUCAUCAGCGCGUCUCCUCUCUCUAUGGGCCUGCUCACCCCCCAGGGACCCCCCUCCUGGCACCCCGCACCACAACCCCUCAAGGAUGCAUGCAAGGCGGCAGCACUGGCCUGUCAGCAGCGGGGAGCAUCGCUGCCCCGGCUGGCCCUGCAGUUCGCAACGCUCAACCCAGCCAUCACGACGACGCUUGUGGGCAUGAGCACAGUGCAGCAGGUGCGGGAGAAUGUUGCAGCAGUGAUCGAAGCAGCAGAGCGAGGCAUUGAUGAGGCGAUGCUGAAAGAAGUGGAGGGUAUUCUCGCGCCUCAUAAGGACACCACAUGGGCCAGUGGUCGACCCGAGAACAACUCAGCAUAG